CCAUUUUUUUUUUACCCAGUCGUCGUUCUAUCUCGAUUCAUCCGCCGCCCCUCCCCCAUUCCGGGUUCGCUGUUAGGGUUUCUCUUCUGGUGAAUUUCCAUUUCCUCUGCGCGUCUUCAUGGUGGCACUCGAUCUCUUUGCAGCAUCUUUCUAGGGUGUUUUGUCUAGUAUGACAACAGCUAUGGAUCGUGUCAAGUAUCGCUUCUCUACCCAUCGUUUUCAAAAAGUCAUAGAUUCUCUUUCAGAAGAUCAGAAAGGUUUCUUGGCGAAGAAUGGUUUUGAAAAGUUUCUGGGUUUUCGCAAGUUCACAGUGCCUAUGCCUUUCCUUGAAUGGGUCAUGGGGCAGGUUGUUACUGAUCUCUCCCAAUUCAAGCACAGAUUGAAAUCUUUCAAGUUCACAAGAUACAUGGUUCAACAAAUAAUUGGAAUACCUUCUGGAGAGAUCCCGAUCAUUCUGCAUUCUGGUGGUGUCAAAAUUUCUGACAAACUUUCCAUCCGUGAUGCUGUUCGUAACCUUCUCGAUCAACAUGAUGAGGAAUCAUUUAUUAAAUGGUUCAUGCUUGUUGCUCUUUCUACCAUCAUUUGCCCUUCUACUCAGAACUUUGUUAACAUCAACUAUCUUCCAUAUCUCUUGGAUGUUUCCCAAAUCAACACUUUUGAUUGGAGCACUCAUGUGCUGAACUACAUUUUAUCUGAGGUUAAAAAAUACCAAGGUUUCAUCUCUUCAAAAGAUGAUGGGAAGAUAUACGUUGGCUCUUGCCUCCCACUCCUUGCUAUUGCCUACAUGGAUUUCAUCGACUUCAGCCAUGAAUAUGCCAAUCAUCACAAUUUUUGCUAUGAUGUUCCAAGAAUUUGUAAUGUUAGAUCAGAGGACUUCCUUUUCGCUGCCAAUGUGGACAGAAAUCUAUCAAACCCAGGUCGCCCUUCGUAUGGAAUUCUUGAGUUUCGUAGUCUGAUAUCUUCACCAUACUUCGAAGAGCCUCUUGCUGAUGGACCUAUUGAACAUGAUUAUUCUAUAAGCUCAGAUUUUUUUCCAGCCUCACAUCAUGAAUCUGUUGCCCCUUUUCAAAUCAUCCCAAGUAUUGAAGGAUUGAUAGAUAAGCAUUGCAAUCUUCUAAAAAAUGAUGUUUCUGCUGGCAUUGUUGACAAGGGUGAAACAGUUUAUUCGGACUUCGCGAAUCAGUUUGGUUUUGUUUUCUCAAAUCGGCUGUCUCUACUCUCUUCUGAGAUACUUGCACACAUUGAGUCUGUCAAGUAUGCCACUAAUUCAGAGGAAACUGAUAAGCUUACAAACGAUUCAGGAUCUCUUCAUAUCCAUUGCCACAGUGAGAAUGUUGCUGUUUCUGAAUCAACUCUCACUGAAAAUGAUACACGUCAUGAUUUGUCCAAUAUACAACAAGAAACUGAUAAUCUUGUCGAUCAUACUGAUGAAGAGAGACUUGUUUCAAGUUCGUUUAAUCAUGAUCGCCAAAAAUCAUGCUCUAAUACUCAAGCAGCGCUGAAUGAUGAUAUUAAUUGUCCAAGCACCCCAACAUUCACUGAUCAAAUGGAAGGUGUCGGCGGUUUUGAACAAGACAUUGAGCCAUUGGUUAUGAAUGACACAGCCCCUUGUGGUAUUAAUCCAAAAAGAAAGUGCAGAAUGGGUUCAUCUACAAUUGAUAAGAAGAAAAGGAAGAAGAGGGCAGCUAUCCCCUCAGCUCAUGUUAACUCCCCUGUCAAAAUCAAGUUGACUGAUGAAAUGGAACUUUCAUAUAUCAAGUAUGUUCGUUCACAAAACAUUGAUCCAAUUGAGAAUGACCCAUCCCCAACUUUUGUCUCAAUCGCUGGAUUUGAAUGUUCAUAUGAUUCAUUUCGUCUUUCUCUUCAGCCCAGAGGUUUUGUGUCCAAUGAUUUAAUGGCAGUUUUUGUGCAAUACUUCAAUGAUGAUCACAAGCUUAAUACUGAAAACAUUUAUGAUCGUAACAAAGUUGCUUUCACACCUUUUUUAGUGGAAAAACUCAUGCUUGAUCCUAAGACAUAUAUUCCAGAGUCCAAUGAGCCAGAACUGACAAGGAUCAAUGAACAAAUGGACAUCGCAAAUGCUGAUCUGUUAUUGUUCCCCUUGAUACUCAAUGAACAUUGGAUCCUCAUAUGCAUCAACUACCUUGUCAAGAAAGUCCACUUUUUUGAUCCAGCAAUUCGAGCUUCAAACUCUGAAUCCGUAUUGCCUGCAAAUUCAAUAAAAUUUGCUACAAACAAUGUGGUUAUCAAUUUCCAAAGAACUUGUAAAGUUGCUGAAAUUUUUGACAGAGACUUGCAGAAUUAUGAAUUACAAGUUCCAAGAUGUCCAAAGCACUCCAACUCACCAUUUCAAAAGUUUGAUUCAGGCAUCUUUGCUAUGUUGCUUAUGUACAACUGGAAUGGUUCGGUGAUUAAGAUAUUUGACCACACUGAAGCAACUAAAUUCAGGAAGCUCAUCGCUUACAAGUUGAUGAAUUCAGAUCUUAAUGAAGCUGCAAUAAAGAACAACCAAACCGAAGAUCAGCCUUGAUAUCUUCUAUUCCAUCCCCCUACAGAAAUUUUGCUUUUUGGGAUAGCUGUAGCAAUCAAAAUAUGUGUCAAAACUAAUGUAAUCUGUACCCAAGUUAAACUUGGAUUUUUUUUAGGGUGGUAUAACAUGGAAAUCAGAGCUCAAGUACAUUGCUACCCCUGCACCCUCUAUGCUGGGCAGUGCUUGGAUGUUCUAGUUUUCGGAAGUUGCUUGUUCAAUGCUAUUUUUUAAAGUUUCUGUUUCUGGAAACUAAACAUUCCGUAUGUAAUCAGUUACUAAUCUAAUUUCUAUUUGUAAUAA